AUGCAAAAUACUUUUCUACGUGCAAUAUUUGUUGCCAUCAAUGGUCUGAUCUUUGUCGGAUCGAUUAUACUCAAUCUCCUAGCUAUUGUAUAUAUUUUAUCUACACGAGAUAAAACAACGAUUGCAAUGCUUGUGGUUAAUUUAGCAAUAGCUGAUAUGAUCCAUGCAAUGGGCAUUAUAUUCUUUAGUAGUAAUUUGUUUACCCGUAGUUGGGUGUUCGGUGAAUUUGGAUGCAUAUUUAGUUUAACGGCUGACGUACUUUGUACUGUGGUUAUUGUCUAUACUGUUGCAGCUUUAAGUUUUGAGCGUUAUAUCGAUGCUCGUUCGACAUUAACAGCGAAGUUUCGCUCUUUAAUCACAUUUGGCUCCUUAGUGUUGAUUUGGACGCUGGGAUUACUAGUACCGUAUCCAUUUAUUUUUUAUACAUAUCUAGCGGAAUCCAAUAGUCCGCCGAGUAAUAAUAGUCUGAAAAAUUCCACACCAAUGUAUACAUGUCAAUCGCAUUUAAGUGAAAGAGAAUUACUUGUUCAUGAAAUCAUCUUAUACGUCAUCGCAUUUAUAAUCCCAUAUUCGAUAAUUGUUAUAUUUUCAUUGAAAUUAUUGAAAUUUCUACGCGAUUGGUUGAAACGGAAAGAAAAAUUAACGCGUACAAGUGUAGCACGAAAACGAACACGCGGUGUUAAACUUGUUCUUUGUAUUGUCUUAUCAUUUCUUAUCUGCUAUACACCAUUUUGGGCAUUCAAAUUUUAUACACGUUUUAUUGUUGAUGAAAAUGUUGUGCGACGACCUGUUCUACAACGCAUUCUCUCCUAUGUACAUUUACUUGUUGUUUUACUUAAUCAUUUCGAAAGUAUUCUCAAUCCGUUAUUUUUUAUUGUUUUAACGGAAAGAUUCUGUUUGACAUUUUCAAAACAUCGACAAAGACGUUCCAGGUUAUUUGGAACACCCUCAUCAGCCAUUAUCCUGGCUGGCGGAAGAAAAUCGAUGAAGAUGGCAGCUUCAACCUCAACUGUUAUCGCAAAAAGUGCCAAAACCAACGGUCUGCUAGCUGGACAUAAUAAUCACUACGACAAUAAAGAGAAAAUGCCUGUCAUUGUUCAGUCGCUCUAG